GCACCAAUCACAGACAGGCAGAUGCUGAUGGGAAAAAGAGGCAGGUCGAUACAGCGCUUUUGAAAGAGCACGCACACUGUGGUGGUGGGUGACAACGUGGUUUCCUUUGUCAAGACGAGCAGUUAGGACUAAGAAUGUUAAUAGACGCUCACACGGCUCACAGCUGAACUUGACAUCAAUGGGAAUAUGAUUGAAGAAACUGGAUUCAGUGGAAGAUGAAUUCUUAAUGAGUACAUCCUGUUGUCAAUCCCCACCAUUUCCUGUAAAGACCAACAUCCUUAUUUGCUUCAAGAGUACGCUGCUUCUAACAGAAUUGUUGUAAAAUGAAAAAGAAGUAUAUGAAAUUACUCAUCGUAGCUCUAGCUAGUAGCUUUUGCGUUGUCAUCUUUUCCAAGCUAAAGGAUGUGGAACACAGCCAAAAAGACUUGGCUAGAACCCCUUCAGUUCCAGCUUCCACGCCUAGAAAAGCCACAACUGUAGUGAUGAGCACCGUCAAAAAGAAAACCAAAAGUGCCAUGCUGUAUGAGCUUCCACCACUAACAAUCUCUGAGACUUUCAGAAAAGACAUUCCCAAAAACGGUGCCUUCUGGAACCGGAAGCUUCAUUCUCUCCUCCGGCAGUUUGACUCCAUCGACAAUCAAACGCACAAAGACCCACGUGACAAGUUUCACUGUCAGCCUGAGAGUUUUGAGUUGCUACAAACCAACAUUCAGGAUAUUCAGUCGUACCCUCCAAUUUACGGAGACUUCCUUAGAGGCAUGGAGUGUCGAGACCCACCAAUUCUUAUCGAUCAGCCUGACAAGUGUGCAUUAGAGAGUGGACGGGAUCAAAUUUUCCUACUUUUUGCAAUCAAAUCCAUUCCAAAGCACUUUGAGAGGCGCCAAGCAGUCCGAGAGACCUGGGGAAGAGAAGGCUUGUAUGUAAACGGACUCCAGGUGCGAACUGUCUUUCUGCUGGGCCGAUCAUCUGCGGAUGACCCCAAUCUCAACAAACUGGUUUCGUUUGAAGCUCAGCAGUUUCAAGAUCUCCUCGUCUGGGAUUUUCACGACUCCUUUUACAACCUGACUCUCAAGGAGCACGUGUUCUUCAAGUGGAUGCUUGAUAACUGUCCUCGUGUAUCUUUUGUUUUUAAGGGUGACGAUGAUGUUUUUGCUAACACUCAAGCGAUACUGAAUCAUCUGCAGUCUCUGGAGCCAGAGCAGGCCACGGCGUUGUACACCGGGCAGAUCAUUUCUGAUGCCAGCCCGUUACGGGACCCUAAAAUUAAAUAUUAUGUUCCUCAGUCUUUCUAUGAAGGUCCUUACCCUCCUUAUGCUGGUGGUGGUGGAUUCCUCUUUUCUGGAAACCUUGUUCCAUCUCUUUACCAUGUUUCCUUUUACAUACCCUUUUUCCCAAUUGAUGACGUCUACAAUGGGAUGUGCUUCAAGGCACUUGGAAUCACUGCAACGAAACACGACGGUUUCAAGACCUUUGACAUUCGGGAACAAGACCGAGAGAACCCCUGUGUACACAAAGACCUGCUCCUGGUGCACCAGCGUGACCCUCAGCAGACCAUGAGACUGUGGAGAAAUAUGCACAGUGCCAUGCUGACCUGCUGAUGAUUGUAAACCAUUAAACUCCAUUGAGUUCAGCUGUAGUGCUUGAUAAAACCAAUGUUGGAUAAGAAUAACCUGGUGAAAUUUUCUGGGGGGCAACAUGGGGAAAAUGCUGAGCAUUAAAUGUACCGCUUAAGAGACUCUGGAUAAAGACUGUUUUUUUUCUUUUUCUUUGAAUCUUAUACUUGAAAGAAAAGUGGUGUCCAACACCAUAUCUUAUGUUUCUGUGCAACUGAGCAAGGUUAGCUUUUAUAGGUAAUUGAUUAACUUAUUUACUCAUGUCUUUUCAAACUCGUACAGAACAAGCUUUGCUUUGUUCUGCGGAACACACAUUUUGCAGAAUGUUUCAGGAGUUUUUGUUCUUUUGAAACUAAAUAGAACACAAAUCUUUAGAGCUCCAAAAAAUACAUAAAGCUAGUGAAGUGGCAUGAUGAUGAUGAUGUUGUAUGCUGACUGGAUCACAUUUUUAAAAUGCACUUUUAUUCACUCUCAAAUCAAAACAAAGACAGACAUGCAUGGAAACACCAACCUUAACAUUUUAAAGGGACAGUUCACCCAGAAAGUCAAAGUCGGGUACUCUACUCAGUGGAAGCCAAUGGUUACUAAUCUUCAAAAUACCCUUGUUUUAUUUUUUUUUUAUUUUUCUUAUUUUUUUUUAAAUCCAGCAUCAUUUUUCCGACCAGUGAUCUGUGACAACUGUUGCAUGACUACCCUCGUUAUUUGUGACAUUUCUAAACAUAUGAGUGCCUUGUCUACUAAACCUAGUGAUUAAAUGUAAAAAAAAUAUAUAUAUCAGAGUAUGAGAUAAUAAUCAAAGAAAAAAGUCUUGACCAGGGGCGCAUCAGUGAGGGUGCUCCAGAGAGGGAACAAAAUGUCAAAAACAAAAUGUGGAUCACAUUGCAAGAAACAAAAAAAAAAAAAAAAAAAAACACAUCCUGUUACAUUUUCAAGAUCUAACCACUAGAUGUCUCUUGGUUUUUUUUUAAACAUGUAGCCUUACAAUAAAGGCUUUUUAUAUUUUGCCUGCAUGCUAUGUGAGUGCCUGGACUUGGAUUAUUAUUUAUUUUAUUAUUUUUUUUAUUUUUUUUGCAAUGGGAUCCACCUUUUGUUUUUGACAAAGUAUGAGAUAAAUUAUGUAUAUUUUUGAGGUUCAGUCUGUUUAUGCUUAAACUAUAAUUGAAUGUGUCUAGACUGUUAUAUCGUUUUCACUUUGUAGUAUCCAGGUUUGUCUGUGUGAAUUAUAUUGAACUGCACAAAUGAAACACAAUGUUAAUUCACAUUUAUUUAGUGAGUGUUAUAUCUGAAAUAAGAACCUAAUGCACUGCUAUCUGCAGAUUCUAAUUCAAGUAUUUUACAGAAUUAAGUUUUUAUUUUAUUGUGAAUAUGGAGGAAGCAGGCACUGACAAAGUAAUGAAGAAGCUGUGGGUGACAUGAUACAAACAGUACCACUUUAAGGUCUGCAUUCUUUAACACUAUGAGAAUAUUUUUUUCUCAUUGACUGAGACAUCUAUAACUCUCAUAAGUGAAUAUAGGCAAUUUUUUAUAAGAUUUUAAACAUUUGCUCAUUAGUUUUCCCAGUAGUUGGGUUUUUAUUUUAUUGCAUAUGUUGCACACAGAUCCAGCUAAUGUCUUUAUCUUCAUGUAGAACAUUUUGAAGAUUGUGUGUGUGUGUGUGUGAAUGAGCACCCCAGUUGUAACUGUUGUGUGAGCUAUGACAUGCAGUCUCAGAGACAUUAAUAAAUGUAUUUAUAACAUCCA